UGAGCUUUGAAUACGUUGUGGAAUUAAUUAAAUGCAAAUUGUAAACGGAAUAUUUCACAGCAAAAUAUAAAUUUUAAAACACAACUAAAUCUAUAUGACAACUGCUCUUUUACUACUCUUAAGAUUAUUUUAAAAUACGAAAAUACUUUUAAUUUCACGAACACUUUGCUCUAAUCGAAAGUCAAUCAAUUAGCCUUCCCAUAUCUGUUGUCUGGCUGCAUUUAUGUUCUUAUCUCGAAUUCCCAGGCAGUUGAGCGCAACGAGUACUUCGAUGUCAACGUUGUCGGCCCCCGUUGGUCGUUCAGCCAAGACGUGCCACAUCCGGCCAAAUUUGGGCAUAUAAAUAACACACAAUAUUGAGUGCAACAUCAGUUGAUUCUACUACACAAUGCGCAUACGUGGCGGCUACUUAAUAUUGCUUGUACUGCUACCAAUGUCAGUUGCUGCUGGCAAAGCGGUGUCACCACAACAUCAACAGCUGGAAUUGCAGCACGCUGAGGGCAAACGUGCGGCCAACGAUUACGGUCCCUGGAUACAGAUCAGCUCAGCUGUGCUCCAGCUAGUGCCCGAUGAGCAGACGCAGCUGCUGCUGCUGCAGACACACGAGGGUCCCAGCACCGUCAACACCGUCAGCACUGCCAGCAACUUGCCCAACUGGCAUCACAUUCCUGGCUUGCCAUUGCGACAUGAACCGAGGCACAAAGUCAGCGACAAUCUGGACUUUGAGCGGCAGCAGACAACGCAUUACGUCAAGUCUCAUGGACGCUAGGAAGGAUUGAGCUGACCGAAGCUUUUCUGUUUUAUAUAGUACAUAUGUAUAUUUUUUUAUGCUUUUAUUCGCUAACUAUACUUGAAAGUUGAAGA